GCAGUCUGUUCUGUAAAAUUAUUGAAAUAAAUACAAUUAUUAUUGAAAAAGUAUGGAAAGUAGCUAGUAUAUGAGUUUUAGUAAAUAAACGAUAAGAAAGUUUGAUCAGCAAAAAAAUAUGAGGAAAAAAGAGCAAUGUAAAAUUAGGGCUUUUUAUAUUAUAUUUAGGUUGUUAAAUAAUUAACUGAAGUUGUAG